AAAGGAGGGCAGAGUGUGAGCUGCGUUCCACCAGCUAGCUCCUUCCUUUUCUCUGUCUGGCAGUUUACAGACUCUCAUCACCAGCAUGGCCUUGAUCGUCCACCUCAAGAAUGUUGCAGAACUUCGGGGCAAAGGUGACCGGAUCGCCAAAGUGACUUUCAGAGGGCAAUCCUUCUACUCCCGGAUCCUAGAGAAUUGUGAGGGUGUGGCUGACUUUGAUGAAAUGUUCCGGUGGCCAGUGGCCAGCAACAUUGACAGAAAUGAGAUGCUGGAGAUUCAGAUUUUCAACUAUAGCAAAGUCUUUAGCAACAAACUAAUUGGGACAUUCUGCAUGGUGCUGCAGAAGGUGGUGGAGGAAAACCAUGUGGAGGUGACUGACACACUGAUAGAUGACAACAAUGCUAUCAUGAAGACCACUCUGUGUGUGGAAGUCCAGUAUCAGUCCACAGAUGGCACAGUGGGCUCAUGGGAUGAUGGGGACUUCAUUGGAGAUGAGUCUCUUCAGGAGGAGGAGAAGGAUAGCCAAGAGACAGAUGGAUUGCUACCCGGCUCCCGCCCCAGCUCCCGGCCUUCUGGCGAAAAGAGCUUCCGGAGAGCCGGAAGGAGCGUGUUCUCCGCCAUGAAGCUCGGCAAGACCAGGCCCCACAAGGAGGAGCUCCAAAGACAAGAUGAACCAGCAGUUCUGGAGAUGGAGGACCUUGACCACCUGGCCAUCCGGUUGGGGGAUGGGCUGGAUCCUGACUCAGUGUCUCUAGCCUCUGUGACAGCUCUCACAACCAAUGUUUCCAACAAGCGAUCUAAGCCAGACAUUAAGAUGGAGCCAAGUGCUGGGAGGCCCAUGGAUUACCAGGUCAGCAUCACAGUGAUUGAAGCUCGGCAGCUGGUAGGCUUAAACAUGGACCCUGUGGUGUGCGUGGAAGUGGGUGAUGACAAGAAGUACACAUCCAUGAAGGAGUCCACAAACUGCCCCUACUACAAUGAGUAUUUCGUCUUUGACUUCCAUGUCUCUCCUGAUGUCAUGUUCGACAAGAUCAUCAAGAUCUCAGUAAUUCACUCCAAGAACCUGCUGCGCAGUGGCACCCUGGUGGGCUCCUUCAAAAUGGAUGUGGGAACUGUGUACUCCCAGCCUGAACACCAGUUUCAUCAUAAGUGGGCCAUCCUGUCAGAUCCGGAUGACAUAUCUGCUGGUCUAAAGGGCUAUGUGAAGUGUGACGUCGCCGUGGUGGGCAAAGGAGACAACAUCAAGACACCCCACAAGGCCAAUGAGACAGAUGAGGAUGACAUUGAAGGGAACUUACUGCUUCCUGAAGGGGUUCCUCCAGAACGACAGUGGGCCCGGUUCUACGUGAAAAUUUACCGUGCAGAGGGGCUGCCUCGGAUGAACACAAGCCUCAUGGCCAAUGUGAAGAAGGCUUUCAUUGGCGAGAACAAGGACCUUGUCGAUCCCUAUGUACAAGUCUUAUUUGCUGGGCAGAAGGGUAAGACAUCUGUGCAGAAGAGCAGCUAUGAGCCACUGUGGAAUGAGCAGGUUGUCUUUACAGAUCUUUUCCCCCCACUCUGCAAACGCAUGAAGGUACAGAUCCGGGACUCUGAUAAGGUCAAUGAUGUAGCUAUUGGCACCCACUUCAUUGACCUGCGCAAGAUUUCCAAUGAUGGAGACAAAGGCUUCCUGCCCACACUGGGCCCAGCCUGGGUGAACAUGUAUGGCUCCACACGCAACUACACGCUGCUGGAUGAACACCAGGACCUGAAUGAGGGCCUGGGGGAAGGUGUGUCCUUCCGUGCCCGCCUGAUGCUGGGCUUGGCCGUGGAGAUCCUGGAUACCUCCAAUCCUGAACUCACCAGUUCCACAGAAGUGCAAGUAGAGCAAGCUACUCCUGUUUCAGAGAGCUGCACAGGAAAAAUGGAAGAAUUUUUUCUAUUUGGAGCUUUCCUAGAGGCCUCAAUGAUUGACCGGAAAAAUGGGGACAAGCCAAUCACCUUUGAGGUCACCAUAGGUAACUAUGGCAAUGAAGUUGAUGGCCUAUCACGGCCCCAGAGGCCUCAGCCCCGGAAGGAUCCUGGAGACGAGGAAGAAGUGGACUUGAUUCAGAAUUCGAGUGAUGAUGAAGGUGAUGAAGGUGGGGACCUGGCUUCAGUGUCCUCUACUCCACCCAUGCGGCCCCAGAUCACAGACAGGAACUAUUUCCAUCUGCCCUACCUGGAGCGCAAGCCCUGCAUCUACAUCAAGAGCUGGUGGCCUGACCAGCGCCGCCGCCUCUACAAUGCCAACAUCAUGGACCACAUUGCUGACAAGCUGGAAGAAGGCCUGAAUGAUGUGCAAGAGAUGAUCAAAACAGAGAAGUCCUACCCAGAGCGCCGUCUGCGAGGUGUGCUGGAGGAACUCAGUGGUGGCUGCCUCCGCUUCCUUUCCCUGGUGGAUAAGGACCAGAGCCACUCAUCCCGCACCAGGCUGGACCGGGAGCGUCUCAAGUCCUGCAUGAGGGAGCUGGAAAGCAUGGGGCAGCAAGCCAAGAGCCUACGAGCUCAGGUGAAACGACACACAGUGCGAGACAAGCUGAGGCUGUGUCAGAACUUCCUGCAGAAGCUGCGCUUCCUGGCGGACGAGCCCCAGCACAGCAUUCCGGAUGUGUUCAUCUGGAUGAUGAGCAAUAACAAACGUAUAGCCUACACCCGGGUGCCCUCCAAGGACCUGCUCUUCUCCAUUGUGGAGGAAGAACUGGGCAAGGACUGUGCCAAGGUCAAGACCCUCUUCCUCAAGCUGCCAGGGAAGAGGGGCUUUGGCUCAGCAGGCUGGACAGUGCAGGCCAAGCUGGAGCUCUACCUGUGGCUGGGCCUCAACAAGCAGAGAAAAGACUUCUUGUGCGGCCUGCCCUGUGGCUUUGAGGAGGUCAAGGCAGCCCAAGGCCUGGGCCUGCACUCUUUCCCACCCAUAAGCCUGAUCUACACAAAGAAGCAGGCUUUCCAGCUUCGAGCUCACAUGUACCAGGCUCGUAGCCUCUUUGCAGCUGACAGCAGUGGGCUCUCUGACCCCUUCGCUCGUGUCUUCUUCAUCAAUCAGAGCCAGUGCACAGAGGUGCUGAAUGAGACACUGUGUCCCACCUGGGACCAGAUGCUGGUAUUUGACAACCUGGAACUAUAUGGUGAAGCUCAUGAGUUGCGGGAUGAUCCCCCAAUCAUUGUCAUUGAAAUCUAUGACCAGGACACCAUGGGUAAGGCUGACUUCAUGGGCCGGACCUUCGCCAAGCCCUUGGUAAAGAUGGCAGAUGAAGCAUAUUGCCCACCCCGCUUCCCACCCCAGCUCGAGUACUACCAGAUCUACCGUGGCAAUGCCACAGCUGGAGACCUGCUGGCUGCCUUUGAGCUGCUGCAGAUUGGGCCAGCAGGGAAAGCUGACCUGCCACCACUCAAUGGCCCAGUGGACAUGGACCGAGGGCCCAUCAUGCCUGUGCCUGUGGGCAUCCGGCCGGUGCUCAGCAAGUACCGAGUGGAGGUGCUGUUUUGGGGCCUGCGGGACCUGAAGCGGGUAAACCUGGCCCAGGUGGACCGGCCACGAGUGGACAUUGAGUGUGCAGGGAAGGGGGUGCAGUCAUCCCUGAUCCACAAUUAUAAGAAGAACCCCAACUUUAACACCCUUGUCAAGUGGUUUGAAGUGGACCUCCCAGAGAAUGAGCUACUACACCCACCCUUGAACAUUCGAGUGGUAGACUGCCGGGCCUUUGGUCGCUACACCCUGGUGGGCUCCCAUGCUGUCAGCUCCCUGCGGCGCUUCAUCUACCGACCCCCAGAUCGUUCAGCCCUCAGCUGGAAUACCAUGGGGGAAGUGGUGGUAAGCAUGGAGCCCGAGGUGCCCAUCAAGAAGUUGGAGACCAUGGUGAAAUUGGAUGCGAUUUCUGAAGCUGUUGUCAAGGUGGAUGUGGCUGAGGAGGAGAAGGAGAAGAAGAAGAAGAAGAAGAAGGGCACCUUGGAAGAGCUAGAGGAGGAGGAGCCAGAUGAGAGCAUGCUUGACUGGUGGUCCAAGUAUUUUGCUUCCAUUGACACCAUGAAGGAGAAACUUAAACAACAAGAAACCUCUGGAAUUGACUUAGAAGAGAAAGAGGAAAUGGACAUCACUGAGGGCCUAAAGGGGCCAAUGAAGGCUAAGGAGAAGACCAGGGCUACCAAGGAUGAGAAAAAGAAGAGAAACCAGAGCCCUGGUCCUGGCCCUAGUCAGGGGACAGAGGCCCCUGAGAAGAAGAAAGCCAAGAUUGAUGAGCUUAAGGUUUACCCCAAGGAGCUGGAGUCAGAGUUUGACAACUUUGAGGACUGGCUACACACCUUCAACCUGCUGCGGGGCAAGACAGGGGACGAUGAGGAUGGCUCCACAGAGGAGGAGCGCAUUGUGGGCCGGUUCAAGGGCUCCCUCUGUGUGUACAAAGUGCCACUCCCAGAGGAUGUGUCCCGAGAAGCUGGCUAUGACCCCACCUAUGGAAUGUUCCAGGGCAUCCCAAGCAACGACCCAAUCAAUGUGCUGGUCCGAGUUUAUGUGGUCCGGGCUACAGACCUGCACCCUGCUGACAUCAACGGCAAAGCUGACCCCUAUAUCGCCAUCCGCUUAGGCAAGACCGACAUCCGAGACAAAGAGAACUAUAUCUCCAAACAGCUCAAUCCUGUCUUUGGGAAGUCAUUUGACAUCGAGGCCUCCUUCCCCAUGGAAUCCAUGCUGACGGUGGCUGUGUAUGACUGGGAUCUGGUGGGCACCGAUGACCUCAUUGGAGAAACCAAGAUAGACCUGGAGAACCGCUUCUACAGCAAGCACCGUGCCACCUGUGGCAUCGCACAGACCUAUUCUAUACAUGGUUACAACAUCUGGAGGGACCCUAUGAAACCCAGCCAGAUCCUGACCCGCCUCUGCAAAGAGGGCAAAGUGGAUGGUCCCCACUUUGGGCCUCCUGGGAGAGUGAAGAUUGCCAACCGUGUCUUCACAGGGCCUUCUGAAAUAGAGGAUGAGAACGGUCAGAGGAAGCCCACAGAUGAGCAUGUGGCACUUUCUGCCCUGAGGCAUUGGGAAGAUAUCCCCCGAGUGGGCUGCCGCCUGGUACCAGAACACGUGGAGACCAGGCCUCUGCUCAACCCUGACAAGCCUGGCAUUGAGCAGGGCCGCCUGGAGCUGUGGGUGGACAUGUUCCCCAUGGACAUGCCAGCCCCUGGGACGCCUCUGGACAUCUCCCCCAGGAAGCCCAAGAAGUACGAGUUGCGGGUUAUUGUGUGGAACACAGAUGAGGUGGUCCUGGAGGAUGACGACUUCUUCACCGGGGAGAAAUCCAGUGACAUUUUCGUGCGGGGGUGGCUGAAAGGCCAACAGGAGGACAAGCAAGACACUGAUGUCCACUACCACUCCCUCACUGGAGAGGGGAACUUCAACUGGCGCUAUCUAUUCCCCUUUGACUACCUGGCGGCCGAGGAAAAGAUCGUCAUGUCCAAGAAGGAGUCCAUGUUUUCUUGGGAUGAGACAGAGUACAAGAUUCCUGCGCGACUCACCCUGCAGAUCUGGGAUGCUGACCACUUCUCAGCUGAUGACUUCCUUGGGGCCAUCGAGCUGGACUUGAACCGGUUCCCACGGGGUGCAAAGACUGCUAAGCAAUGCACCAUGGAGAUGGCUACUGGGGAGGUCGAUGUGCCUCUGGUUUCCAUCUUUAAGCAGAAGCGUGUCAAAGGCUGGUGGCCCCUCCUAGCCCGCAAUGAGAAUGACGAGUUUGAGCUCACGGGCAAAGUGGAAGCUGAGCUACACUUACUAACAGCAGAGGAGGCAGAGAAGAAUCCAGUGGGCCUGGCCCGUAAUGAACCUGAUCCACUAGAGAAACCAAACCGGCCUGACACAGCCUUCGUCUGGUUCUUGAACCCACUCAAGUCCAUCAAGUACCUUAUCUGCACCCGGUACAAGUGGCUCAUCAUCAAGAUUGUGCUGGCCUUGCUGGGGCUGCUCAUGCUGGCCCUCUUCCUCUAUAGCCUCCCUGGCUACAUGGUCAAGAAACUUCUAGGGGCAUGAAUCCCCAUUCCUAGUCAUCUCCAGGAUUUGCUGUGUUUGCCUUCCCUAACAUGGACUCUUUUCUAAUACCCUAGGGAGCCUCAAGCGCACUACACCCACCCUGUCAGCCUUGGGCAGGGAGACUGCAUCCUGCCUGCUGAGCUGCUGUGCCCCACUUCUCUCCCCAACCAACUGUUGCUUGCCUGGUCUUGUCUCUUUGAUCCUGCUUGUGGAUUGGGGCACAUAAGCAAAGGGUGGGAACUGGAAGAAGCGUCCCUCUUGCCCCACCUUGCUGAAGCAUCACCAACCUUCCUGCUCAGCUCUAGUAGAAGUGUUCCCAAUGCUCCCCUGGGCCUUCCAAAUCUUGGGUUAAAGCUUUAAUCAAGUUAACCAAGGAACAUGGGCCAGUGCCUAGAACGUUGAAAACCAUCACCACCCAUUUGCAAGACACAGAAAUGUGAGAAGAGAUACCACCAUCAGUCUGUGCUCCACAGAGCAGCCUACCCACAAGCCCUGAGACAGAGGCACCACUCCUCUUGGUUCCACCUCUUUCCUACGCAGCCGCUUGUCUGCAGUUGUAUAGCCUGUGGGUUCCUACUAUUUCCCAAGGCCUCCUCUGCCCAGACAAAUGCAUACAAGCCAGGACAGGAGCCUUGAGAAUGAAUUCCAUGCCCCACCCACCCUGGACACAGUCUAUCCUACCUGCCUUGCAGUCACAGCCAGGAGCUGGCACUUACAAUGCUACCCCUGCCUGCAUCUGGGAUUCAGUUGGCUGUCUUCCCUUUGUUGAGUGUAAUUUUUCUCUUAAAUAAAUCAA